AUGCCAUGUGUUGACUGGACUGGCCCCAAUAGGCCUACAUAUGAGCAAAGAGUCUUCCAUAGCAAAAGAUCGAGGCAAGCUCCAUUCUGUCAAAUUGGCAUUUGCAUCAAUAACCUGACCCACUCGCAGCUCAAAUAUUGCUGGCUCUCAGGUUUUAUGAAGCUAUGCACGUUUCCACAGUGUGCUGGAAAUGGGAAGAGUGCUGUACACAACCACGGCGAACGGUACGAAUAUCAGCAAGUCAGCAGGCGGGAGCGGAAGCACAAAGAAGUGGCUGGUAUGGAUAAUGGGGAAGAAGAGGCUGACUUAAAGGAUGUCAAAAAGAAGAAAAAUAGCAGGACGGGUGAAACAGAUGAAACUAGGAAGAUAAAGCACAUCGAUGAGCCUGAUCAUCAGGCUCGAGCCGCAGAAGAGACGAACCGACCCAAGAAAAAGGUUGUGGGGAAGAAUGAGACUGCCGUUCCGAUUACGCCUUCCAUGGUUCAGGUGAGUUCCCGGACCAUUAUUCCUUAUCACUGGAGUGUGGAGUGUGCUCCUAUAGGAGCUCAGAAGUGGAAGGUUACCUGUAUGGAUGAAGAGGAAUAG